UCCUGUCCAUUCAGUUUUAACAAAAUGUUUACUUCAAGCUAUGAAGACAUCAUGAAUUCAACUCUAGAAGUCAAAGAUCUUGAAUCCUCAAGCACAGACGGCUAUGACUAUGACUCAUCCACUGAAAGCCCUCCCAGCGUGUCAGGACCACAAUGCAGGGAAACAAUAUGUGUAAUCACGGUUAUUUUAAAAGUAAUUAUUUUCCUGCUUGGUAUCGUUGGAAAUGGAGCGGUGAUCUGGAUUGCUGGUUUUAAGAUGAAGAAGUCAGUUAACACCACCUGGUACCUGAGCCUGGCCAUAUCUGAUUUCAUUUUCUGCAGUACCCUGCCUAUAACCAUUGUCCAUACAGUUACAAACAAUUGGUCAUUUGGUCUCUUCAUGUGCAAGUUCACAUCCUUUGUAAUGUUCCUCAACGUGUACAGCAGCAUCUUCAUUCUCGUCAUUAUUAGUGUGGACCGCUGUUUGACCGUCAAGUUUCCUUUAUGGGCCCAGAAUCAUCGCUCUGUAGUCAAGGCUUCAGCUGUUGUUGUGUUGGCUUGGCUCAUGUCAGUUUUGCUAAGCAUACCACCACUGAAAUUCAGAGAAAUUGCUAUUGUGGAAACAAUACCGGUAUGUUACAACAAAUAUGAGGGACAUCAUCAAACUGCCGUGUUCCUUCACUUUACUUUGGGUUUUUUAAUUCCAAUCCUCAGUAUUUGUUUCUGCUACUUCAUCCUGAUUUGCAAACUUAGGGCGAACCAAAAAUCCAAAUCCAGCAAACGCAACAAGAUCAUGACACUUUUGAUUGUGACUUUUUUCCUUUGCUGGAUGACAUUUCAUAUUGUUGCUGUGAUAAAGUUUGGUUUAGAUAAUAGUAACUCUGCCUUUCAGUCAGCCAUUUACUCAGCCCAACAAAUAACAGCUACUCUUGCCAUCUUGAACAGCUGCCUAAACCCAGACCCAGCAAAUACAGAAAGUUCCCUUAACAUUAGUUUUUGGUUAUCUUUUGGUUAUUUUUUGGGGAACCAAAUAAUAACGAUCUGGGAACAUUCAUUUUAG